AUCCUGUCUUAAUCGCCACAAUACUGAUAAAUUUCUAACUACAAAUACACUUAAUUGCAUAUUUCACAUUGUGCAAAAUAUUUCUUUAAACUUAAAAAAUCAUCUUAAAGACAAUUAUGAUGAUUUUAUUAAAGAUUUCUUUGAAUGGCUUUAUGCAAAUAAGGAAUCAUGGGCAAAGGCAUUUGUCCUUAAAUUAUUUAUAGCGGGAAUGUUAUCUAUAUCACGGGUUGAAAGCUAUAAUGCAAAGAUUAAGAGAUUAAUAUUUAAUUUAAUACAACUCUCAUGUGUUCUUGAAGAAGACAAAAAAACAGAAUAUGCUUUAUUCUGUACAUCAGUUCCUAAAGCAGCUUUGGUUGCAGCAGCUGAUAGUAUACUUCCAAAUGUUUGUAAAUUGCUUCGAAAAUAUUUAACCAUAGAAAUGCUUAAGAUUCAGGAAGAUCAAAUAAAACAAUCACUUCAAUACCAUGCUACGAUAGUGGUUCAGGAAGAACUGCAAAGAUUUCUUACUGUAAAUCAAAUUUAUUUAAUGUUGCAGAUAAAUUUGGAUGAUUCUGCCUUAUAUGGUGAAAAUCUUACUGAUAUUAUUGCCAAGUCAAUGCUUGAUCUUAUUAAUACAGACAAGGUUGUAGAAAU